AGUAUUGCACUAACUGUGCUGCAUCUUAAGAGCAACGUUUAGUUACAGCUUUGGAUAGAGUUUUUUGUAGCAGGUCCUCAUGCAUUGCGGAAGGAACUAGUUAGGUACAUAUAUAUAUAUCAAAAAUGACAGCCCGUUCAUAUUGCUCGUGCGGUGUAACAAUCUCCAACCACACGCGCUAAGCUAGCUAGCUAAUAUAACAAAUUAGCUAUCUGGAUUUGGCAACACAAGUUUUGUUCCAUCCACACACAUUUCAAAUUAAUAUAUGUGAACCGUUUACACUGGGCAAAUUGUUCAGUGACGCCUUCUGUCGGAUUGUAUAACGACUUAACACGAUUAUAGUGUGCUAACUAAGGUACUGGCUAUCGUAAUUAUAGUUACUAGUGAGGCACAAAAGUACUGCCAGUUACUACCAAUACUCUCAAUACUGGCCACAGAUGCUAACUGUAUGGCUAAGUGUAGCCAAUAAAACGCAAGUGAAGUACCCUGGACUGUCUUCCCGACUUAAUCGUAUUCACAAUUUUAAUAAGUUGUGUUUUGUGAGGAGACCAUUAUUAGCCAACAAGCUACGUAACGUUAGCUGCGAACAUUGACAGGUCGCAGACAGGCGAAACCUUGCGUGCUGUGUCCACUGCGCUGCCCUUUUCACACCAUUGGGUGAGACAGGACGGCUUGCAGUGGGAAGAAAGAAAGAUAAGAGGACAGCAAGGCGAUGACAGCACUUCAAGACACAGAGGAUGCUAGUGAAACAGACCUUGCCAAGCAUGACGAGGAUGACUAUGUGGAAAUCAAAGAGCAAAUGUACCAAGACAAGUUGGCCUCUUUGAAAAGACAGCUGCAACAAUUACAAGAAGGUACACUGCAAGAAUAUCAGAAGAGGAUGAAGAAGCUGGACCAGCAGUAUAAAGAGAGGCUCAGAAAUGCAGAUCUGUUUCUCCAACUUGAGACAGAGCAGGUGGAGAGGAACUACAUCAAGGAGAAGAAGGCAGCGGUAAAGGAGUUUGAUGAUAAAAAAGUUGAACUGAAGGAAAACCUCAUUGCGGAGCUGGAGGAGAAGAAAAAGAUGAUUGAGAAUGAGAAAUUAACAAUGGAACUAACAGGUGACUCUAUGGAGGUAAAACCUAUUAUGACUCGGAAGCUGAGGAGACGGCCCAAUGAUCCAGUUCCAAUACCAGACAAACGGAGGAAACCAGCACCAGCUCAGCUAAAUUAUUUGUUAACAGACGAACAGAUCAUGGAAGAUCUGAGGACACUGAAUAAGUUGAAGUCACCAAAACGGCCUGUGUCCCCAUCAUCUCCAGAGCAUGUCCCCUCCACACCCAUGGAGAACCCCUCCCAGCGUUAUGAGGCUCGCAUCGAGGAGGGGAAACUUUAUUACGACAAAAGAUGGUACCACAAAAGCCAAGCCAUCUACCUGGAGUCAAAGGACAACACAAAGAUUAGCUGUGUCAUCAGCUCGGUGGGGACCAAUGAGAUUUGGGUGAGGAAGACGAGUGACAGUACAAAGAUGAGGAUCUACCUGGGGCAGCUGCAGAGAGGAGCAUUUGUUAUCCGUCGACGGUCGGCUGCGUGAAAUAUUACCCCUCCCCUCUGCUCCCCUCAGCCCCCAUCUGUUCAUCUAUUCAUCCAUCCACCCACUCACUCAUUCAGUUUCCCUCUUUGCGUCUCAGUCGAAUCUGACACGCGGUCUCUUAUUCCUCAGAGUCUCCCCCCACCCCCCCACCACGCCUUCACUACACACACUGUGGCCAAGGAUAUGUCAUUUACUUUUAUGUUCUUCCACAUUAACCACAUGCUAAUGCAGAAAAAUGGAGGCAUUCAGCUUUAUUUGUCACUAUGUGGCAGGUACGUGAAGGAGGUCAGUGUCAGAAAGGAGCCUUCGUUUUCCUUUUCAUCGUCCUGCCAUUAUACGUCUUAGGUUUACCAUCCAGUCACAUUAACACUUAAGUUAUUUUUCAGUCUCAUAUUGACCCAGAGAAGCUCCACUGGUGUUUGUUUUUUUGAGUAUCAGUGAUCCCUCAGCUCAAAGAGUUGUAUCUGAAAUCAUGCUUUCUCAAAAGCCUUUUGCACUGUUACAGUUACAGUUAAAACCUGUUUAAGAGUCCUAUGUAUUAAACCUUUAAUUUCAUAUUUGGAAAAUGUGUGUUGAAUUUUUUUAAGUUGCUGUCAUUUGAUGUCUUUUGUCGUCUGAUUUCUCUCCAUAUGUGAACAACCUGGGCUAAUUCAGCUGAACUUGCAUGUGGAGCGUUAAGUGGACUGUUGAUUUAUACUGUGUUUCAUUUAUUAAAAUAUUUCUGACUUUGAUAAA